AUGUCAGGUCUACCCUCUGAUGAGGUCGCUGAAGACUACAAGGGCUCCUUGGAAGACCUUGUGACCAAUGACCGAUAUCAGAUCUCCAACCUGACCUUGAUUGCCAAAGAAAACAUUGAGCACGCCGAAGCAAUUUCGCGGGUCCUCCAGAACCACAUCAACCGAGCACCUCCGGCACGAAAGUUACCCGCACUAUAUGUGUUGGAUUCGAUCGCCAAAAACGUUGGUUCUCCAUAUACGGUGUAUUUCGGUCGCAACCUGCACCAGAUCUUCAUGCAUGCUUACUCCCAAGUCGAUGGCCCUGUCCGUCGAAAGCUCGAGGAAAUGUUGAAGACGUGGCGCGAACCAGUCCCGGGGUCGCUGUCACCAACCCCGGUGUUUCCCCAUACCAGCACGCAAUCAAUCGUGGACAGCCUAAACAAGUUCCGCUCUCCCAUGCCAGCCGCCACCCGUCAGCAAUCCACCCCAGUCCAAGCUCCUCCUGCGAGAAUCCUAUCUGACCCCCGGUAUCGACAUACUCCCACCCCUCCACAGUCGUUUCCACAGCUCGCUGCAGCUAUCACGACCCAUACCAGAAGUCCUCAGCCGCAAGCAGCAAUUCCACACCUACCAUACACCCAGACACCGCCACUAUCAUAUAGCCAGCCUUAUGGCCAGUCUUAUGCUCAUCAGGCCAAUUCUCUUUAUCCACAGCAGCAGCCACCUGCUCCGACACCACAAUAUCAUGCCCUUACUCCGCAACCUCGGCCUGUCUCAUCCGGAGGUGUCGACAUACAGAAGUUGCAUGUCGACAUUGAUGACCUUACCACAGACGCCAAAAUCGAAUGUGCCACUCACCCCAUGGAUGCAGGCGCUCGAAGAAAGCUGGCCAGUCUUCAAACGCUCAAGGAGAUUCUAGACAGCGGCAAUGCCUCGGAGAGAGACUUGAUUGAUAUUAGAACUACGAUCAUGCAGAAGAUGGCGGAAAAGAUCACAGCAAACCAGCACCUUCCGACGCAAACAGCGAGUUUACCUAUGCCUAUAUCCAACGCGUACGUCCCUCAACCGCCAACCCAGCAUCUGGCGGCUCCGGCUCCGGCCGCUGCUUCAUUGUUCAAUAGCACGAAUCUGGCGGAGCUGUUACGAGCAACCGUAGGCCAACAGCAAGCACCUCAACAACCGAACUACUACGCGCAGAUGCAGCAGCCACGCGUGGUUACUCCAGUACCAGUCACUUCUGCAGCCCCUGCAGCGACCGAAAAUCCGCUCUUGGCCCAACUUCGCGCUUCGGGUCUCUUGUCUGCUGCGCCAACUCCUCUUCAAGGCAUUACUUCCACCAUGCCUGGGGUUGCGGCUUUUCCAAGUGGCCUUGCAGGAGAAGUCACUUUAUCGUCGGCAAGUAUUCGAAUCCCCCGACCGCACUUGAUUUCGAGCUUCCUGAACUCCCGACCCAAUCAGUGCAGUACCUGCGGUAAGAGAUUCAUGUCAGAUGAGAAUGGCAGGGCUAAGAAAGCGCGACACCUUGACUGGCAUUUCAAAACCAAGGCCAGGAUGCUGGAGGCUGAGAAACGGGGCCAGAAUCGCAGUUGGUACGUGGAUGAGCGCGAGUGGAUUGCGAGUAAGGAGUAUGAAGAUGAUGCUGGCCCCGUUGAUGCGAUCGGGCAGCCGACCAAUGGUGCGUCAGUGGUUGCCAAAAAGAAGGCCCCGGAUUUUGUGCGGGUUCCAGCGGAUCCGGUCCUCCGAUCGCUGCCUUGCCCAAUCGACCAGGAACCAUUCAAGAGUGAGUGGAGUGAGGAAGUGCAGGAUUUUAUCUGGAAAGAUACCAUUCAAGUGGGAGGACGAUACUACCAUGCAAGUUGUUACGCCGAAGUGACCAAGGGGCGCGACAAAGGUGGCGUCUCGACGCCAGUGGGAGGCAUUGGACGGAUAGCGACUCCUGAUUCUGUGCUUGGGAAACGGAAAGCAGAGGAGGACACCAAUGGCAUCAAAUCCAAGAUCAAGCUCGAGGCCAUCCCGCCCAUAUGA